CAAACUCCAUUUUUCCUCACAACUACAUCGACAAUCGAAAAUAAUACAAAUCCAAGCUGUAUGUCCAAUUGUAUAUCACAUGACCCUGCAUUUCACAUGCAUUGUGUGCUGUGUGCUAGGCGUUUUGACACUGGCAUUGGUAGCCAAUUGCAGGAUCUGAUUACGUUUUAAUAAUCCUGGAUGUAACCAGAAGAAACAAACAUAAAAAAUUGAAGUAAUAACGCCUUCGCACAAAAAGUUACAAUGGGACAUUGAAGUUCAGUGGCCACAGGGGACGGACAUUCCACAAUCUCUUGAGGACUGACGAAUGUGUUCAGUUGGCAUUACGGAUUUUCAAGGCAAUUGCACAUUAGAAAUGAUCAACGCAAUGCCAUGGAGAGGUUUCCAUUGAAAGGUACAUCAUCGCCGUCACUUAAUGUCCCUGCUCAUAGUGCAACUGGCACCAAUUACAACUCAGUAUCACCUUCGCAGACGACUAAUGGCCUGAAUGGUCAUGGUGACACACGACUGAGGAGUAAUGCAGUAGGUCGUGGAAGUCUCAGCAGCGACGAAGAUAUGUUGGAAAAUACUCAUCACGCUUCCCAUGCGGGAAACAAUGCGUAUUUGGAGAGAAGUGUUCGACUAGACGAUGCAGCUUCACAUUUUUCAGCAGAUGCAGAUGACAUCCCAGGAAUCGGACAGUAUGAAGAUUUCCACACAAUCGAUUGGCAGCGUGAUAUUGCGAGGGAUCGUAUGAGACACCGUUACAUCCUGAAGAAGAAACACGAUUCUAUCUGGGAUCUUGUUAAGGGCGCACACGACGCAUGGUCGGGAUGGUUGUGUGUGCUACUAGUUGGUUUAUUUACCGGUGCUGCAGCCGGUAUUAUCGAUAUUGGAGCAUCGUGGAUGACAGAUCUGAAAUUCGGGAUUUGUCCAGAGGCAUUUUGGCUCAAUAAGGAGCAGUGCUGCUGGAGUUAUAAUGAAACAACCUUUGAUGGGGAAAAUUGCUCCCAGUGGCUUAACUGGCCUGAAGUUUUUGGACAGUCCAAGACUGGAGCUGGAGCUUAUAUCGUCUCCUAUAUGUUUUAUAUCGCCUGGGCUUUAUUAUUCGCUUCCUUGUCGGCAGCUCUUGUCAGGAUGUUUGCCCCUUAUGCAUGCGGUUCUGGUAUUCCUGAGAUAAAAACAAUUUUAAGUGGAUUUAUUAUACGCGGAUACCUGGGGAAAUGGACUCUGAUAAUAAAAUCCGUUGGAUUGAUACUUUCGGUAUCAGCUGGAUUGAGUCUUGGAAAGGAGGGGCCCAUGGUGCACAUUGCAUGUUGCAUUGGAAAUAUAUUCUCGUAUUUAUUCCCAAAAUAUGGUAGGAAUGAAGCUAAGAAGAGGGAGAUUUUGUCAGCUGCGGCUGCUGCUGGAGUCUCUGUGGCUUUUGGAGCCCCAAUUGGAGGUGUUCUUUUCAGUUUAGAAGAGGUCAGUUACUACUUUCCUUUGAAAACACUGUGGCGAUCAUUCUUCUGUGCCUUGAUAGCAGCCUUCGUGUUACGUUCCAUCAAUCCCUUCGGAAAUGAGCACUCAGUAUUGUUUUAUGUGGAAUACAAUAAACCCUGGAUAUUCUUCGAGUUAAUUCCCUUCGUAAUGCUUGGAAUAAUUGGGGGAGUUAUUGCAACGUUAUUUAUUAAAGCGAAUUUAUACUGGUGUCGGUACCGAAAGACAUCGAAAUUGGGACAGUAUCCAGUAAUUGAGGUUCUUGUCGUAACAGUAAUCACAGCUGUAAUAGCAUAUCCAAAUCCCUACACGAGAAUGAGCACGAGUCAACUGAUAUACCUUCUAUUCCGAAAGUGUGGGGUGGCAAAUGGCGACAUGUUAUGUGAUUAUAAUAGAAAUUUCUCAAAUGUCAAUGUAACAAUUGAGACUGCAGGAGCUGAAGCUGGCGUUUACAAAGCUGUUUGGCUGCUUGUAAUGACGCUCAUUCUCAAACUAGUCAUGACGAUCUUUACUUUUGGCAUAAAAGUUCCAUGUGGACUAUUCAUUCCAUCGCUUUGUUUGGGAGCUAUUGUUGGAAGAAUUGUUGGCAUUGGAAUGGAGCAACUUGCAUAUAAUUAUCCGCAUAUUCGGAUGUUCAGUGAGGAAUGUACGAUUGGAACUGAUUGUAUUACUCCAGGGUUGUAUGCAAUGGUGGGAGCAGCUGCAGUCCUUGGGGGAGUUACGAGGAUGACGGUUUCUUUGGUUGUUAUCAUGUUUGAAUUGACUGGAGGUGUCAGAUACAUCGUACCACUCAUGGCUGCUGCUAUGGCUAGUAAAUGGGUUGGCGAUGCUCUCGGGAAACAAGGAGUCUAUGAUGCUCACAUAGGCCUCAAUGGAUAUCCUUUUCUGGAUAGUAAAGAAGAGUUCCAACAUACGACACUUGCAGCUGAUGUUAUGCAACCCAAGCGUAACGAAGCUCUCCACGUUCUUACUCAAGACUCCAUGACAGUCGAAGAUGUUGAAAAUCUCCUCAAAGAUACCGAACAUAAUGGCUUCCCAGUUAUUGUCUCAAAAGAGUCUCAGUAUCUCGUUGGAUUUGUAUUGAGACGUGAUUUGAAUCUCGCCAUUGCAAAUGCUAAACGCAUGAUUGAGGGCAUAACGAGACAAUCUCUUGUUAUAUUUACCAGUGGGAAUAAUUUACAAGUGCAUUCUCCGCCUCCGCUGAAGUUGAAGAAAAUACUCGAUAUGGCUCCUAUUACAAUUACCGAUCAGACGCCAAUGGAAACUGUUGUUGAUAUGUUUAGGAAGUUGGGACUGAGGCAAACACUCGUUACUCAUAAUGGUCGAUUGUUGGGAGUAAUAACAAAGAAAGACGUCCUGCGACAUGUCAAGCAACUCGAUGACGAGGAUCCAAAUUCAGUUCUAUUCAACUGAAUAAUCAACAUCACAUGAUUUCUUCUAGAAUCGCCUACCUAAAAGUAUAUCUUCUUCCAUCAAUCAUCAGUUUUUUAUAUUUAUUUCUGUGCUUUCUGUACGAGAUUAUUCACUCCUUACUGAUCCACACAGUUAUUACUGAACAGGUAUUUUUAUCAUUUCGUUCGUAUAAAAUGAAAAGUGAAAGGAAAAACAAUCGCUCAAUUUCGGUGAUAAAACGGUUAUCGAGUGGAUGGAGAAUGAAUUAUUUUUAAUUAAUGUUAUUGCAUCACAAUUCUACAUAUAAUUUCUACCAUCAGUCAUCCUUGCCAUCACGCCUUUUACGGCUAUUAAUUAUAAAUUAUUUCAAUCAGUUGGAGAUGUAUACCUUUUUAUUGUUCAUAACAAAAAAAAAUUAUAGA